GGAAAACGUGACAUGUCACUAAGCCCAAUACAUUCUAGCCUUGUUCAGUUGCGGCCCUUCCCAUAGUUGACCUCACUACUAUCAUCGGAAUCACCACCGUCUAACCUCCAAUCAACCCUCCGGUACAAUUUCAGUCAUAUCCCACAGCACAAAUUCACAAUGUCUUGGUUAGGAAAGAAGUUCCCUGCGCCUGUCGCAAAGCCAAUGGCUCCUUUCUUCGUUGCUGUAUAUCGCGAAAUGCAAAGGUCGAAAGCAUCUGCAACUGUGGAGGAGCGGAACGGCUGGAGCCUGAACUAUGGGCUAAUAUUACUUGGGGAAUUAGGUGCCGUCAUUAUGUACGGAAUCAACUCUGCUGCUACCGCAAUGGCCAACAGCGAGGAGUUCAAGAACGAUCCUAGAAACCCAAACGCAAAGACCCCAAAGCCAGCCGACAAACACUAAAUGGGAGAAAUGUCUGAUAGGGGGCAUGAUGAAUGGGAACUUGCAUAGAUCGAACCUAUGAUAGAUCGGCUGAACGGAGCGUCGUUCCCAUUAUGGAUGAUAUGUAAAUUAGGAGACAAUGAAAUCAUCUGGUGUCCUAUAAAUGAAGAUCCUGCACUGUGAACUAUCAUGCAGGUUUGA